AUGGCCAAAGGGGAGCAAGCCAGGGGAAAGAGAGUGACUCUGAAGAUGGCCAAGAGGGCGGUGAGGCUCAUGCCAGACGGGCGGCGCAGGCUGAACCUCAGCAACAUGGGCAUAACCGCGUUUCCCAGGUGCGUCCUCAAGCUGCCCGACGUGGUCGAGUUGGACCUCAGCCGCAAUGCGAUACGAGAACUUCCAGACGACGUCGGGGCCUUCGCGUCGCUCGUCUGGCUGGAUCUCCAUAGCAACAAACUGGAGGCAGUGCCCGAGUCCAUCGGCCGGCUGGAGGGUCUGACCCACCUCAACCUCUCCAACAACCGUCUGACCUCCUCGGGCUUGCCCCCUACGCUGGGCUCCCUCACCCACCUGAGGAGCCUCAAUCUGGGAAUGAACAGGCUGGACACCCUGCCUCCCACCAUGGUGGCUCUCACGGGUCUCCAGGAGCUGGGCCUGUUUGAUAACCUCUUCGCCGCGCUACCCGAGUUUGUGAGGGUCCUCACCUGCCUCACUAAGCUGAACACGGAACGAAACCCCCUGUCCUACAGUCAGCAGGACGCCAGCGGAGAGCCACACGAGAAGCUAGGAUUUGAGGAGAAUUUCUACUUUUGCAAAGAGAGCCGUCUGUGCAAGACAUGUCUGGAAAGGUGCAGGGAGGACAGCGAGAGGCAGAAGAGGGCGAUGAGAGGAGAGGGAGAAAGAGGAGGACGGGUGUUGGAGGAGAAAAGAAAGAGGAUGUACUCAGGACUCAGCACACCCAACUCGGUGGCUAAAGCCAAUCAGGAUGUGUGGCGACGAGUAGAGGAGAGACACUAA